UAAUGGCGGCGAUUUUCACGUCCCCCUUUGAAAAAAUGUAUAAUUUAUCGCAGAUCGCAUUACUUCAUAAUCAGAAACAUUUUGUGGUCAUUUGGUGAUGCCUAGUUAAGAACAGAUUCUUUAUUUUGUACUUAUAACAGCUAGAGUUGUUUAUGGUUAAGCUCAGGGAGCUGUCGCAUUGGCCAUUGUUAGCGGCGAUGGUGAUUCACUCGCGUGCUAGUAUUAAUACUAGUAUUGAUCCAGUGUGGGCGGUGAAGCAAUGGUAGUAUUGGUACGUCUAGCCAGCGACUCGGGAAUGUCUUCAGUGCAAGAUGUGAUCUCUAAAAGAAAUGAGGUGUCCGCACGCCCUCAUUGUGCCUAAAACAGUCUAGGUGCAAGACAAAUAACACAUCACACAAUUCAUGUUUACAAGUUCUAAUGUGUCAAUGAUUCAUAAGGAGCUUUUUCUUCAAUUGUGAGCUUUUUCUGUUUGACGAAAAUUGGUUAGUUGCUACGCAAGUCGUCGGAUGUGCUGAUGGUUACGUAUUGUAUGAGUGUCUUUUUAAUGACAAUUUCUCUGGGAGUGAAUUAAAAGGCAUGGCUUUGGUGCAUGCAAAGUCUAUGUCACUAGAAAGUAGUUCAACACAUGUACAAGUGGCAUGCAAUGGAUUAUACGUGGCUUCACCUCAUGGUGGUCGUACAGUGGUCGUGUGGAGCUUGGAGGAUAUCUCGGAAGAGGUUUUGGAACUGCAAGGGCACAGUAGACCAGUGACAGCAGUCAGCUUUGGUAGAGGGUCACUGCUGUGCAGCUGUGCUGAUGAUUGCAUUAUCCUAUGGAAUAUUGAUCAAGCAUGGAACACACAAAAACAAGGUGGCAGAGUGAAAGGUCGUGUGGUAGGUCAGGACCUUGGAGCUGUGCAGUAUUGCUCCUUCAAUAAGGACUGCAGCCUCAUCGCCUUAUGUGUGGGCAAAGAAGUCGUGGCGAUCGGCGCUGAGGUGGAAGGUUACGACUGCACACUUGAAGGUCACAUGGCAAGAGUGAAUUGCGCUGAGUUUUGCCAAGAUCGUCCAUUCAUGCUUGUCACAGCGUCCGACGAUCGAACAUUCAAAGUUUGGAAUAUCAGCACAUCAGAGCUUAUAUACCAAUCAUCUGUGAUAUCUGCAUCCCCCUUUCUGUGCAUGGCCAUGAGUCCAUCUGCACCUCAUGUAGCGCUGGGGACAGAUGAUGGGAUCGUGCGCGUCUACGACUUAGAAGAUAAUGGGCAAGUUCGACUGCUCUCGUCGCUGGACUGUAAAAAAGUGUCGUCAAAGUUCGAGGGACACGAGAACAAGACGGAAACGUUGUCGAGAGGUUUCAAGAAGAUUAGCAGCCUUCCGUCGUGGAAGACUCACUCGAUGUCUUGUAGUCAGGAUCAUGAAGAUCCACCUCGCGGGCAAAUGGAGAUGGGAAGCUCGGUACUCGCUCUGUACUUUGCAGUACCGGGCAGUUUUGCUGAUGAGGAGACAGGGGAAGGAGAUGCGGCUCCCUACCCGACCUCUGUGAUAACGGAUCUGGUCAAGUCCACAUUGAAUCUGGUGAUUGGGACAACAGGUGCUAUUAUACUCUCAAAUGCCAAGACCACGGAAGCUGUCUCGUACUUUGAUUUGCAAGAUCCUGUGCAAAGCAUAGCGAUGCAGAAAGAUAAGGAAAUAAGUUUAUCUCUCGCAGACACGUUUGCUUUCUCACAGCCAGACAGCAAUCCUUAUGUCUGGUGCUGCAUUAGGAGCUUGUUUGGGAAGACGUUGGAUAUUCUGCAGCUGAAACCCUCGCUGACCUCUUCUCUGGUUGGCGUUUCGGCGCACUCUGAGUCCGUAGUCAGCCAUUACGUUCACCAUGAUGCCACGCAGACCGAGCUUACGGUGUUGUCAAGUGCUCCACUCUGUUUGAAGUCUCCACUACGUGCAGAGUACACUGAGAGAGAACUCGGCUCCGCCAAACCAAAUGUCACUGUUGGUUUAAACGCUAAAGGGAGAUCUUUUAAAAAGCCAGCUGGCCAAAAUCCUUUUAUAUUCCAUGAUAAAAUCAAGUCUUCAGGAUAUGGUUCACCAAAAACAAGGCCUGCAGUGAUGUUUCAACCAAAAACCAACAUUAAGAAGAAGACGCCUUCCAUGAAAUCCCCGGUUAAGCCGCGCAAGCUAGAGCAGUCACUCGGAGCUGCGAUGAUGCGGGAAUAUCCAAUUAAUUCUGAUCCUCCAACCGAGUUGGUACACAAGACCGAGGUUGCCGAACGGAGCACGUCCAUCAGGUGCAUCCGAAUCUCCGGCAAUGGGAAAGCUUUAGCCUGUGGUCUUGCUAACAAAACUGCGCAGGUUCUUGCCCUACCCCUAGAUGGAACGUCAAUGGAUAAGGGAUUUCAUUGCAGUGGACAUAAUGGUGCUGUAUCUUCGGUAAGUUGGAGCCAUGAUAGCAAGUGGCUCUUGACAGGUUCUGUGGACAAGACAGUGAAAAUCUGGUGCAGCAGCUAUAGUGAGCCUGUUCUUACCAUUGACUCUGUCAAGCAAAAGCUAACACCAGAUGGCAUAGGAACAAAGGCCGCCAAGGGGUACAGCACACAGUUUGACAAGGAAAUCAAACAUGUACAGUUCUACUACAUGAACAAGUUCGUGAUUCUCACACAUGGAAAUGCAUUCCACAUGUUAAAGUACCACUUAGAUACCAGCAAGGAUGAAAUGAAGAGGUAUGUUUGUAACAGCCGCUACAAGUUGGUCAAGUCAUUUGAGAUGGCUAACACACAGCAAAUAACAGCCUUCUCAGCUGUUAACAGUUUUUACUCAUACAUUGCGAUGUGUACGGGAUCUAACCGCGCAGUGGAGGUGUUUGACAUGAACGUGGGUAAGAGUGUGCAGGUACUCGGCGACGUUCACACACGACCCGCACACGCUCUCUGCCAAAACCAGGGUUCAGCAUUUGUGAGUCAUCCUCCGGAAAACUACGAUCUGUUUCUCACGACAGCCGUGACGGAUGGAGUGAAACUGUGGGAUCUAAGAACGUCUAAGUGCGUUUGCAAGUACGAGGGUCACAAGAACAGAAGCCAUGCAUGUGGAGUAGCCUUCAGCCCGUGUUCUAGGUUCAUCGCAGCGGGGUCCGAAGACAAAAGUGCAUACAUCUAUGAUAUCCGUACAGGAACCUACCUGCAUAAACUCUCUGGCCACACUGACGUGGUCUCAGAAGUUGCCUACCACCCCCUCUAUUGCCAGCUCCUAACCGUGUCCCUUGAUGGAAAGCUAAGCCAGUUUGAUGCGAAGUGAUGAACACACAUGCGCGUGCAGGCACGAGCAGAGGUCUACAGGGGCUUCCUGAGUAAAGUUAAACUAAACAUGUUCACAUGAUAAUGUAAUAAAUGAGCAAUUAUAUUUUCGAGGAGCAUUGGCCACCCAAAUAACAACGACUUGUUAAGGUAAUACGCAUUUGUAAUGAAAGCAUGCAUACGUCGAUAUGCCUUUGGGCAUGUUGGGUACAGAUUUAUAAUUACUCGUGUAAUAGACCAAUACAUGACUAUAGUAACCCUUAAUGUUCAGGUCCCUUGUGACAAAUGUAGUCAGUUGCCAGUCGCUUAUUUCUUUUAUAAAAGAUUUCCUUUAAUGACUAUAAUAUGUCAAGUGUAUUCACUGCAGCUGUGUAACUAUUAUAGAAUAAUAGCAUAAUUGUUUUACAGUUUAAUGGUUUCAGUGAAUAUCUGGUUGUUAAUAUACAUGUAUAUUGAGAGCUUCUUGCUUACAAUUUCUGUGUAGCAUCUAUUUAAAAUGUCAUUUCUUAGGUGCAUAUACGCAUCGUCACUAUGACAAGCCUUUACCGAUGUCAAGUAUAGUUAGUUUGUACAUAACCGUUCACAUGCAAUGCAUGUUAAAAUUCUUUAAUUAUAUUGUGUCCAGUAUUAUUGUAUAAAUGCGAGAGAAAAAAUUUCUAGAUAUAAAUAAUUUGGUGUAUACAGUUUAUAGUUAUUAUAUUGUUGUAUAUAGAGAUAUAUUAAUAAUUUAAUUUUAUAUAUUGUA